UUGAUAAAAAAACAAAAGAAGAAUGCUAAUGAAGCGAAUAAAUCCACAAAAAAAUGGUUUGAGGAAUAUCUUUAAAUUUUAAAUAAAAUAAUAUGAUGUCGUUAAUAUAAAUAAAACUUUAGUUUCUAUUAAGAUCUUUAAACGAUCGCACAAUAUUUACUGGAAAAAAUAAUUAGAUAAUGGAACGUUGGCAAAACAAAAUCGCUGUGGUAACCGGUGCCAGUUCGGGCAUAGGUGCUGCCACCUGUAAAGCUUUAGUAGAGAAAGGCAUGAUUGUAAUAGGUCUGGCCAGACGUGUCGAUAAAAUGGAAUCACAAGUUAGACCCACUAUCACAGCUGACAAACAAGCGAAUUUCCAUUCACACAAAUGUGAUGUAAGUGAUGAGCCCAGUGUUAAAGAAGCUUUUAACUGGAUCGAACAGAACUUUGGCGGGGUUGAUGUCUUGAUAAAUAAUGCUGGUAUUUAUAAACAAACCACUUUGUUGACCGAAAAUAAUACGGAGGAUAUAACAAAAACCCUUAGCACAAAUGUUUUGGGCGUAGUAUGGUGUACCCGAGAGGCAUUUAAGAAUAUGAAAAAACGACAAGUUGAUGGUCAUGUGGUGAUUAUAAAUAGUUUGACGGGUCACUAUAUACCACAUAUAGCGGAUUUAAAAUUAAAUAUUUAUCCACCCAGUAAACAUGCCAUUACAGCCAUGACAGAGGUAUUAAGGCAGGAACUAUUGGCGAAUAAUACAAAAAUUAAAGUUACGAGCAUUAGCCCGGGUGCAGUUAAGACAGAUAUUGUGGAAUUCCCUGACGAUUUGGCCGUUUUAAAAAGCGAAGAUAUUGCCGAUGCUAUAGUUUAUUGUAUACAAACUCCUCCUCAUGUUCAAAUUCAUGAAAUGAUUAUUAAACCAAUUGGUGAAGAUUUUUGAUAGUUUAAUGCCGAUUAGGUUUGAGUUAAUAUUAAAUUAUUUUAUACCCUAAUUUCUCGAAAUUAAAAAAAAACAUUUUAUUAAGACCUCCGUGUUAAGUUUUGUAAACAUAUUGAUUAUUCUAAAACUACUAAAUCGUUAGAAUUUCGCAUAUAUAAUGAUAAGAUAAUGAUGGCCAACCAUUGCAUUGAUAAGAUAAAAAACUACUUAUAAAAUUGCAAUUUAUAUUUUUUAAAUAAAUUUAAUUAAAACAAAA